CCAGUAUAGUACUUCGUAGCUCCAGCGAGUCAUCGCUGUGUAACAGCCUACUACCAGUUCCGUCAUAGACAUUCUCGCAACCAGGGAAUGCGUCUGGAGCGAGCGUGCAGCGCUCGAGAAGAGAACCAGAGAAUGUGAGAGCAGCGCGCAAAACCACGUCUCCACAACCGACUUUCAUAGAAUUCCUAGAAAUGUGCUUCUCGCAGAUUGCCCAGCGCCAAUAAAGCGGGGAUAUCUGCUCCAGUAACUCAUAGGAAAAUGAAACGGCUUUCCCGAAAGCUGACUUUGGCAUUGGUGGUGCUUUGUUGGAUUGCUGCACUACUGUAUUUGAUACUCUUAAGUAGGCAGAAAGUAUCGGACCUGGGGACUAAAGAUGCACAGUACGGAAAGAUCUCAGAGGCAGAAUGGGACGACCUCCUGGAAGAGUUUGAAGAGAAGAACUACCUCAACGCCAGGCGUUGGAAACCAGGCCAGGACCCGUACAAACUGUAUGCCUUCAACCAGAGAGAGAGUGAGAGGAUACCCAGCAACAGAGUUCUCAGAGACACACGCCAUUACAGGUGCACCACGCUACAUUAUGACCCAGAUCUGCCCUCCACCUCCAUUGUCAUCACCUUCCACAACGAGGCCCGCUCUACUCUGCUACGCACCAUCAGGAGUGUGCUGAACCGGACGCCUGUCCACCUGAUUCACGAGAUCAUCCUGGUAGAUGACUACAGUGAGGAUGCAAACGACUGCCUUCUACUCACCAAGUUGCCCAAAGUAAAGUGUCUUCGGAAUGACAGGAGAGAAGGUCUGAUCCGCUCCAGGGUUCGUGGGGCGGACGCGGCUAAGGCCGGGGUCCUGACCUUCCUGGACAGUCACUGUGAGGUCAACAAAGACUGGCUGCCUCCGCUGCUCCAGAGGAUCAAAGAGGACCCCACCUGUGUGGUGAGCCCAGUGAUCGACAUCAUUAACAUGGAUACAUUCGCUUACGUAGCAGCCUCCUCUGACCUCCGUGGAGGCUUCGACUGGAGUCUACAUUUCAAGUGGGAGCAGUUGUCUGCUGAACAGAAAGCCAGGAGAGCUGACCCCACCGAACCCAUUAAGACGCCUAUCAUCGCCGGAGGGCUGUUUGUGAUUGACAAGUCGUGGUUCAACCACCUGGGGAAGUAUGACACAGCCAUGGACAUCUGGGGCGGGGAGAACUUUGAGAUCUCGUUCCGGGUGUGGAUGUGUGGAGGGAGCCUAGAGAUUAUCCCCUGCAGCAGGGUCGGCCACGUCUUCCGCAAGAAACACCCCUACAUCUUCCCUGAGGGCAACGCCAACACCUACAUCAAGAACACCAGGCGCACGGCGGAGGUGUGGAUGGAUGAGUUCAGGCUCUUCUACUACUCGGCUCGCCCUGCAGCACGGGGCAAGUCCUACGGAGACAUUCAUGGCAGGGAAGAGCUCCGCAAGAUUCUCAAGUGCAAAUCCUUCAAGUGGUAUCUGGACAACGUCUACCCAGAGCUCAAAGUGCCGGAUGAUUCGGACUCUAAGUCGGGGGUGGUUCGUCAAAGACAGAAUUGUCUAGAAUCGCGGAAGCUGGAGGGACAGGACCUCCCCUCUCUCACACUGGCACCCUGCAUCGGGACCAGAUCUGUGCCGGCACUCAACCAGGAGUGGAUCUACACCCACGGGCAGCAGAUCCGCCAGCAACAGCACUGCCUCUCCCUCUCUACCACUUUUCCUGCCUCCCAGGUCAUGCUCAUGCCCUGUAACAUCGGCGACGGGAAACAACGAUGGCAGAAGUCAGGCACACAUCUGGAGCACCUGGCCUCCCACUUCUGCCUGGACAGUGAGAUGGCCCUGGAUGGCAUAGAGAGCAGUAAGAUGCUGGUGAUCAGCCCCUGUGAACUGACAGCCUACACCCAGAGAUGGGAGAUGCCCUUCUCCUGAUCCACCCACAACACAAUCCUUCCUGUAGAGGAGGACUACACUACGAGCAAUCACAAACGUCUGCAGUGCAUACUAUAGCCAAGGGCUUUUAGAAAGAGAGAGAGAGUGAUGGAGGGAGAUAGGGAAAGGAGAGAGGAGGAGGAUACCAGAGUAAAGGGUGUUUUCAGUCACUGAGAUAAGUCUUUAUAAGAUGGCAGGGACUUGGCCUGAUGUCAGCACAUUCAAGUGUUCAACAAGACGUUCAGCAGGGCUGAAGUCAUUUAUUGUGGGCUAAUAUAGAUGAAAAUACAGGGGACAUCAUUUUUCAUUGCUGUUUUCAUUGAAACUUGUGGUCUGUCAAAACUAUUCUUCUAACUGCUGCUUCAAGUGUAUAAUUUCUUCGUAAUGACAUUUCAAUGGUGAUCUAAUAUGGGAUGGGAUGCAGCUAUGAUGGAAUUUGUGUCAGCAAAUUUAAUGCAUAUGUCAAAUGGCAAUAUUUUAAUAUCCUAUGAUACCCAUUUAUUUUUAAUUGAAAUGGAGAUGACCUUUACACAAAAUGUCUAUGAUCCUGAAACACACACACACACGUCUAUGAUCCUGAAACACACACACGCACACACACACACACACACACACACAUGCGUCUAUGAUCCUGAAACACAAACACACACACACACACGUCUAUGAUCCUGAAACACAAACACACGGUAAUAGCCAGUGCUGCAAUGUCAAAAAGGAAAUAAAAGAAAUACCGAAAA